AUGGCGAAGGUCGACAACUUUUACAAGCACUAUGUCCCCUCCGUCCCGGCAGCGAUCGCCGCCGGACUCAUCUUCGCGAUCUUGACAAUAGCGCAUCUUGCAAUGAUGGUCAAGUCGACUCCGAGGCGGAAAUUCACCAUAGCAUUUAUGAUUGGGGGCACCUGUGAAGUCAUCGGCUUUUUCACUCGAGCAGCAUCCCACUACCACGUCGACAGCCUAGCCUUGUACCUUGUCCAGGUGCUCCUCAUUGUAUUGUCGCCAAUCCUUCUCGCGGCUUCGGUCUACAUGUUCCUCGGUCGCUUGAUUACUGCCGCAGAUGGAGAACGAUACGCGCCCAUAAAGAGAAAGUGGAUGUCAAAAGUCUUCCUAUUAGGCGACUGGCUCUGCCUGCAGGUCCAAUCGAGCGGUGUGUCGUGGUUAGGGAAUGCCAAAUCCGUAUCUGCAAUCCAGGGUGCGCGAGAUGUUGUCCUGGCGGGACUAGCUCUGCAGAUCGUGUUCUUCAUAUUCUUCUUGUCCGUUGCAGGAACGUGGCAAGCCCGGGUUCGUCAUCUUGCCCUCUGGCAACGGUGCAAGGAGUCGGGUCUACCCUUGGGUCGGAUUCUGUUGUCCUUGUACCUGAUUGGAAUCAUCAUGGUCGCUCGCAACACCUAUCGCCUGGCGGAAUACGCGCAAGGCGAGGAUGGAUAUCUGAACUCAUAUGAGUGGCCGAUGUAUUGUUUCGAUGCGAUCCUGAUGGCGGCUGUCAUGGCAAUUGCGCUGUUCUGGUAUACCAUUGAGCUGCAACCGAAGGAUACGCAGCAAGCCCUCCAGCUCCGGCGAACCAGCACCCUUUCUUGA